GCAGGUGCAUCGCCAGAGGCGGAGCUCGAGCGGCAGACAGCGGACUUCCGGUUCCGGGAGCAACGAACAGCGGCGGAGGCGACAGCUACCGCUGCAGAGGAGGCGGCCGCAGAGGAGGAAGAAGGGGAGGGCGAGGCGGAAGGCGCAGGAGGGACCCUCGCCUUGGGUCCACGGGCCUAGAGCUGCGGAAGAUACCGGUCUGGUGCCAGACUGGCUACUGCUGCUUCCCGUGGCCUCCAUGGCUGAGGACUGGCUGGACUGCCCAGCCCUGGGCCCUGGCUGGAAGCGCCGUGAAGUCUUUCGCAAGUCAGGGGCUACCUGUGGACGCUCAGACACCUAUUACCAGAGCCCCACAGGAGACAGGAUCCGAAGCAAAGUCGAGCUGACUCGAUACCUGGGCCCUGCGUGUGAUCUCUCCCUCUUCGACUUCAAACAAGGCAUCUUGUGUUAUCCAGCCCCCAAGGCCCAUUCUGUGGCUGUCACCAGCAAGAAGCGAAAGAAGCCUUCCAGACCAUCCAAGACUCGAAAACAUCAGGUUGGACCCCAGGGUGGUGAGGUCAGGAAACGUCAGGUUGGACCCCAGAGUGGUGAGAUCAGGAAAGAGGCCCCAAAGGAUGAGACCAAGGCUGACACUGUCACAGUCCCAGCUUCAUUCCCUGCUCCUGGAUGCUGUGAGAACUGUGGAAUCAGCUUCUCAGGGGAUAGCACCCAAAGACAGCGGCUCAAAACAUUGUGCAAAGACUGCCGAGCACAGAGAAUUGCGUUCAACAGGGAACAGAGAAUGUUUAAGCGUGUGGGCUGUGGGGAGUGUGCAGCCUGCCAGGUAACAGAAGACUGUGGGGCCUGCUCCACCUGCCUCCUGCAGCUGCCCCAUGAUGUGGCAUCGGGGCUGUUCUGCAAGUGUGAGCGGAGACGCUGCCUCCGGAUUGUGGAAAGGAGCCGAGGGUGUGGAGUAUGCCGGGGCUGUCAGACCCAAGAGGACUGUGGCCGUUGCCGCAUCUGCCUUCGCCCUCCCCGCCCUGGUCUCAGGCGCCAGUGGAAAUGUGUCCAGCGACGUUGCCUACGGCACCUUGCUCACCGCCUGCGUCGCCGUCAUCAGAGAUGUCAGCGACGCACUCCCCUGACUGUGGCUCCCCCCACUGGUAAACAUGGCCGCCGCAGGGGAGCCUGUGACUCCAAGAUGGCUGCCAGGCGGCGUCCCAGUGCCCAGCCAUUGCCUCCACCUCCACCAUCACAGCCCCCCGAGCCCACAGAGCCGCACCCCAGAGCCCUGGCCCCCUCGCCACCUGCCGAGUUCAUCUAUUACUGUGUAGACGAGGACGAGCUACAGCCCUACACGAACCGCCGGCAGAACCGCAAGUGCGGGGCCUGUGCAGCCUGCCUACGGCGGAUGGACUGUGGCCGCUGCGACUUCUGCUGCGACAAGCCCAAAUUCGGGGGCAGCAACCAGAAGCGCCAGAAGUGUCGUUGGCGCCAAUGCCUGCAGUUUGCCAUGAAGCGGCUGCUGCCCAGUGUCUGGUCAGAGUCUGAGGAUGGGGCAGGAUCGCCUCCACCUUACCGUCGUCGAAAGAGGCCCAGCUCUGCCCAACGGCACCAUCUUGGCCCUACCUUGAAGCCCACCUUGGAUACACGCACAGCCCGACCAGACCGUACCCAGGCUCCAUCGAAGCAGGAAGCAGGUGGUGGCUUUGUGCUGCCUCCGCCUGGCACUGACCUUGUGUUUUUACGGGAGGGCGCAAGCAGUCCUGUGCAGGUGCCGGGCCCUGUUGCAGCUUCCACGGAAGCCCGGUUGCAGGAGGCCCAGUGCUCUGGCCUGAGUUGGGUUGUGGCCUUACCCCAGGUGAAGCAAGAGAAGGCGGAUACCCAGGACGAGUGGACACCAGGCACAGCUGUCCUGACUUCUCCCGUAUUGGUGCCUGGCUGCCCUAGCAAGGCAGUAGACCCAGGCCUGCCAUCUGUGAAGCAAGAGCCACCUGACCCUGAGGAGGACAAGGAGGAGAACAAGGAUGACUCUGCCUCCAAAUUGGCCCCAGAGGAGGAGGCAGGAGGGGCUGGCACACCCGUGAUCACGGAGAUUUUCAGCCUGGGUGGAACCCGCUUCCGAGACACAGCGGUCUGGUUGCCAAGGUCCAAAGACCUUAAAAAACCUGGAGCUAGAAAGCAGUAGACUGGAGGCUUCUACAGACUGUAGGAUUCAAGGUGAUAUUUGCAGACUGGCUUUAUGAGAGACAACACUGAUCUACUAGGGGCUGGACCCUAGAUUGGUUGCCAGGGCUUGUGUGUGAAUCAACCCUAGAAGGAAAACCCUACCACCAAACCAGAGGAGCAGGCCUAACAGUACUUUGAGCUGCUAGAAGUAAGCGGGAAAGGAAGAGAAAGAGUAGACUGUUGGUGCAUCUUCUCCUCCCCAAGAGCCUGAGUAUGAUAAGAAGUUGGAUUUUAAGGGUGGGGGAGCUGGGCUGGGGAAAGGUAAUAUAAGUAAACCCACCACAAAACAACCUAAACAUGAGACCUGGCUGUGUCUCUGCACACUUCCUCAGGGAGACAUCAACUGAAAAUGUAAUUGAAUAAAUGAAAGGAACCACUAUUUGGUGUGUUCCUCCUAUGGACCCAAUUUAUUUAAUCCUCUAAACAGUCUUUUUGGGAAGACAUUGAUUUUGCCCAUUUUUGUGGAUGGGAAAACUGAGCCUCAUUAAUUUGUCCAAUGUCAAACAGCUGGUGUUAGUAGAGCCUAGAAUCAAACCCAGCUUGUAAAGCCCUUGUUCUUUAAGCCACUAAAUUGUAACCUAUAAUCCUGUAUGCACUAACAGGAGUUUUCAGUGACCGUGAAAACACAAGAGAUUACUAUAAGUACUGUAAUAAAUCCCUUACAUUCCUGCCUCUAGCAUGGUUUAGGGAGUGCCACGGCUUGAUGUAGAUGGAGUCACCUUGUCAGAGCAUCUGUUCAUACAGAAACUGGGUUUCCUACAGGCCCCAGGUGCUGCAGAGGAUUCCUCAAACCCUACAGGGUAUCUCUCCCCACUGGCUGCUGUCCAUUUUGCUCGUUACCCUGACUCCCCCUCUUCAGCCAGAGCAGUCUUUGUAACUAAAGCUGCCAGCCUAGUUCAUCUUUCCUGACAAUGUGCGUCUCCUGCCCUCUGAUGACCUUUGUGCUUGGCUCCUGCCCUCAGCCUGAAUGUCUUCUAGGAGGCUGAAUCCCAGCUUUGAGUCCUGCCCAAGGGCCAGUCUUGGCUCAGCCCUACCUCACUCUCUCCAAUUCUUCAUUUAUAAAGUGCCAAAAAGAUUUGACCUGUAAUUCAUUAGCCAGCUUUACAUGGCCAGGACUGAGUGAGUGCCUCCUUAACACUUUAUAUCCUAUGUGCCUCCCUUGCCUUACCAUAGUCCCAGCCUUGCAGCUUUAGGUAAUUCAGAUGUGGAUUAGCCAUUUCCCAGUUCUAACUCAUACAAUCCAGCCUCUGCCACCUUCCCUUCCCCCUUCCUUUAUUCCAUCCUAACUAGUUCAGCCCUAGUCAAGGCUGGAUACUGAUACUGCUUUGUUUCCCCAGGAAACAACCAACCAACCCUAGUAUUCUGGUAAUUUUGACAAUGGUCUAUAUGAAAUUUAUUUGGCAUGAGUUAAGCUUCUGCCUACCAUAUGUAUUAGAGUACAAUCAGAAGAGCAGGACCACUAAGAUAAAGAUUAUGUAUAUAUGUAUUUUAAGGGAUUUAUUAUAGGGAUCUGACAGCAUGCCAUUGUGGCAGCUGGUUAAACAGUCUGUAAGGCAGUUGUCCUUGCAUCUAAUGCUGGAGCUUGAAGUCUGCAGGGGAGGCACUCGGGAAGGGAAGAUGGAUGUAAAAUGUGGGAGACCAAGGACACAGUGGAGACGACAAGCACGAGCUGGAACCGACGAGGAUGGCCUGGAACCCAUGUCAGUCUCUCUCCACCUCCAGCUUCGGUGAUGUGGGUGUCCUGCAGAAGAAGCUGGUGUCCUUCCUCACAGAGUUAAAUACCCAUCUGGCCCAGGAAUUAGAGAAGCUCAAGGAUGAUCCUGGGGAAGGUGGAGCAGCUGCAGGCCUGGCUAAAGGCCUGACUGCUGCCCACACCGAGGUGAGCCAGCAGAUACAUGACAAGUGUGAACUGCAACAGCGCUUGGUGACACAGCACCAACCUUCCAAGUGUAGAAACAAUAUGCUGCUGCUUCACUUCUGCCCUCCAGUUACCAGGCAGAAUGUCUCUUGUGGCCCAUCUUACUGGAAGAGAGUUCUGGGAAACAUAGCCUAGCCAAGGUGACACAUUACAAAGCCACCCUACAUGAAUCAGCUCCCAAGGGUCUCACUACUCACCUGAGGAUAACUCAAUAGAACUAUGUUGCUGAAUAUGCAAAGCUGAAGACCAUGGAUUUCAUGGUGAUUCCAGCAAGUGCAGAGAUUCUAUGAAGCCCACCCAAAACUUGCUGGUCCUGGCUAUUUUUGUGUUGUUUAUUCAAGUAUUGAGAACCUGGCCUGUGAUAGGCACUGUACUUAAUACUGGGAUACAGAAAUGCAAAAGAUAUGGCCCAUGCAGUUUUAUUAAAUGAAUCGAUAUGUAUUACAAAUGGUGAAUGGAUUUCCAACUUUAUCAUGGAAUUUAAUGCUGAAAGUAUAGUAUUCAGGAAAUUCUGGGAGGACAGCCCUUUUGUGAACCUUGUUUGGGGCACAGUAGGAAUUGGAAAUAAUUUAGUUUUUAAUCUCUAAGCUGUUCUAUUUAAAAAUUAUUUUUAAAUAAUUUUUUUGUCCCACUUAC